UCUCGUCGGUUCUCUCUCUUCAUCCAUGGUUCUCUCUCUUCAUCCAUGGUUCUCUCUCUACAUCCAUGGUUCUCUCUCGGUGUUCCUGAGGAAGUCUGUGUGAGCAGCUGAUCCAUCGUCUGUGUGUCUGGAUGAACCUCUGACUUUGUGCUCUUUCUUCUGAAGCCUUUAGCUCGGACUCUAGAAGCUAGCUUAGCAUGCUAGCUGGUAACACGCUAGCAACACAGAGUGAGAGAAACAGGAAGUGGUGAUUUAGUAAACAUGAGUGUUGUGCUGCUCUCGUUGGUGAAGCAGCGACUCACUGCGGCUGCUGAAGACAUCUUUGUUCUGUUUGAAAGAACGAUAGCAGAGUACGAGGAGGAACUGUCUCGUUCAAAACAGGAGAACGAGAGACACCGGAAACUACUGGACGCUGUUUUACAGCCUCAGCUUCAGAUCCACAGAGCAGACGUCCAGCAGCUGGUGGUGGUUAAAGAAGAGGUUCCCCCUGAGCAGCAGGAGUGGAGCUCCAGUCUGGACCAGGAGGACCCAGAGCCCCCCCCACACAUUAAAGAGGAGCAGGAGGAACUCUGGAUCAGUCAGGAGGGAGAGCAGCUUCAAGGGCUGGAGGAGGCUGAUAUCACCAAGUCCACAUUCACUCCUGUCCCUGUGAAGAGUGAGGAUGAUGAAGAGAAACCUCAGUCCUCUCAGCUUCAUCAAAGACAAACUGAACACAUGAAAACAGAAGCUGAUGGAGAGGACUGUGGAGGACCAGAACCAGCCAGGAACUCAGAUCCAGAGAGACAUUUACAACCAGAGACUGAGGACAACCCUGGAGACUCUUCUGAACCUGACACUGAAGGCAGUGCUGAUUGGAAGGAGACCAGAGAACCAGGUUCAAACUCUCAGAGAAAUAAACAAGACCAUGUCAGUGAUUCAAGACGUAGUGCAGGAGAGAAAACAUUCAGCUGCUCAGUCUGUAAGAAAUCUUUUACACAGAGUGGAACUUUAAAUAGACACAUGAGAAUCCACACAGGAGAGAAAACAUUCAGCUGCUCAGUCUGUGAGAAAUCUUUUGCAGAGAGAGGUUUACAGAGACACAUGAGAAUCCACACAGGAGAGAAACCAUUCAGUUGCUCAGUCUGUGAGAAAUAUUUUACACAGAGUGGAGAUUUAAAUAGACACAUGAGAAUCCACACUGGAGAGAAACCAUUCAGCUGCAGUGUUUGUGACAAAAUAUUCACCUGGAGUCAUCAGGUCAAAAGCCAUAAGUGUGUUAGUCGUCAGUCCUCACCGCUUCAUCAAACUCAAACUGAGGAGAACAGAGAGGCAGAGCCUCCAGCCAGCAGCUCAGCUGAACACAUGGAAACAGAAGCUGAUGGAGAGGACUGUGGAGGACCAGAACCAGCCAGGAACUCAGAUCCAGAGAGACAUUUACAACCAGAGACUGAGGACAACCCUGGAGACUCUUCUGAACCUGACAUUUUCCAAGUCAAAUCUGCAUGUGCAACAAAAAAAGAGGGCAAUUAAUUAGUCCUACGACAAUUCAGAUGAGAAAAAUCUGUCUGACUGUAUAAACUCUGUUUGACAAUAUUCAUACAUGACUUCAUAUAUACUCCAUCUUUAUCAACAGAAGUUUUGAAUAUGUUUAAUGUUUUUGUCAUACUACUUUUCUGAUUUAUACUAUAACCACUGACUGAUUCAUCUGCAGAGUAGUUUCUCUAAUAAUCUGUUUGGUUAAUGAAAUGUUGUGACUUGAAACUUCCAUUGGGAUGUGUUUGAUAGUUCCUGUUGAGUUAUCAGUCUGUUCUGGUCUAAAAGAAGAACCAAUGACUUAUUGAUAUAGAGAAUAUGUACGAUGUUUCCAGUGUGAUUCUGUUCUGUUUAUAUCAUCAAACUAAACUAAAAUAAUAAAAGCCUUUGAAACAGA